AUGGAUUCAAAAAUACCAAAAGAAAUGAACUUCAGCGGCAAUAUUGAAGCAAAUUGGAAAAGCUGGAAACAACAACUGUCAUUAUACCUACUAGCAAGUAAUAAAAACACGUGUUCGGACGAAACAAAAACGGUGAUAUUACUCACAUUACUUGGAGAAGAAGGCAUCAAUAUUUAUAAUACAUUUACUGAAAAACAAAUCUAUGACGAGAAGAAAGUCCCAAUAUUUCAAAAAGUAAUUGCGGCAUUCGAUGAGUACUGCCUAGGAAAAAAAAAUAUUGUAUUUGAAAGAUUUAAUUUUCUUAAAUACAAACGCCAACACGGACAAUCACUAGAAAACUUCAUCACACAAUUAAAAUUAUUAGCAGCAUCGUGUGAAUAUGGGCAACUCACAGACUCUAUCAUAAGAGAUCAAAUUAUUAUUAAUACUUCAGAUGUAGUACUCCAAGAACAGUUAAUCAAUAAGUCUGAUUUAUCAUUAGAAAAAACUAUAGAAAUCCUUAAACAAUCGGAAAAUGUCAAACAUCAAAUUGAAAUAAUAAACAAAGGGGAAAAAGAAGAGUCAGAAUAUCCCCAUGUCGAUGCAAUAAAAAGAAAAAACAAAUAUAAUACAAAUAAAAAUAAAGUUACACAAGCAAACUUCCAUUGCAGCAGAUGCAGCACACAACAUCCAGUAAGAAGCUGUCCGGCCUUUGGGAAACAGUGCAAGAAGUGUGCUAAACCCAACCAUUUCGCAAAUGUAUGCCGAUCGAACAAAAUGGUUCAAGAAAUAGCAGAUGAAGAAUGUGCAGAUGAAGAAUGUGCAGCGAUCAACAGCUUGUUUGGAGUCAGUGAAAUCAUUGUGCCCUAG